AUGAAAGAGGAGUCCAAAGAAAUGCAGGUGCUCAGAAAUGAGAUAGAAAAGUACAAACAAGCUGAAAAGCUUCAGUUGGAGGAAAUCGAUGAAAAGAAUUGUAAGAUUUCAAGUCUUGAGGCAUCUUUGAAAGAAGAGCAGGAACUGGUUGCGAAGAUGAAAGAGGAGUCCAAAGAAAUGCAGGUGCUCAGAUAUGAGAUAGAAAAUUACAAACAAGCUGAAAAGCUUCAGCUUGAGGAAAUCGAUGAAAAGAAUUCUAAGAUUUCAAGUCUUGAGGCAUCUUUGAAAGAAGAACAGGAACUGGUUGCGAAGAUGACAGAGGAAUCCAAAGAUGAAAAGAUGGAAAAAAUGGAAAAUGUUUUGCUGGAAACCAAAUCCCAGCUAAGGUCCGCAGAGUCACAGAAUGUAGAUCUCACAAACAAAUAUGAGGCAAAAAUUCGGGCUCUUCAUAAGGCAAUCAAACACCUUGAAAAUAAGUGUGCCACUGAAAAAACGAUGCGGGACAAGAAAGAAAAGGAGGUGGAAUCUCUGGUUGUCCUUAAAAUCAAAAAUGAGCAGGAAAAACAAGAACUCAAGCUGAAGCUAAGCAAGACGACUGAGGAAAAAAAUGAAACACUUAAAGAACUGCAGAAACAAAAUGAGCAGCUUCAGACUGAGAUUCAGAACAAUGAGAAGUACAUUCAUCGUAAUGACUUCCUUGAAAGAAGGAUAGACGAGCUUCUUACACUACCUGGGGAGGUGUACUGCCGUCAACAGAAAGUUAAAAGUGUGGAAGAAGAAAAAGAGAAACUACAGGCUGAACUUAAAAAGUGUCAAAGACAAAAUGAGGAGUAUAAAGCGGGAAAGCGCUGGGCAAUAGAUGAGAAAAACCAACUGACAAAGAAAAAUGAUGAACUGAAAGUACGUCUUAGGAAGAAGGAAUGUAACAACAUAACGUUGAGGAAAGAGUUAAAAGCUAAAGUCCUGGAAUCUGAAAGUCAGAUAAAGGAGCUGGCAAGGCAACGUUUUACUAUCGACCGUCUGGAAAACUGCCUUGAGGUUAAAACUAAGCAAAUAAUUAUAUUUGAAAAUGAGACGCAGGAGUCUGGGAAGAAAAUUUCAUCCCAAAAAAAUAACAUAGCCCGUCUGAAAACUGCUCUUAGCAAAGCAGAAAACGAUCUGGAACUGGAGAUAAAGAGACGUGAAAAUCUUAGGUCUGAUAAAGUGCUCCUUUCUGAGACAAAGUUCUGCAUUGAGAACGAACUCUAUACAGUUAGAGACACUAUAAAGACACUUCAGAAUAAAAUCAAAGAAAAGGCUCAAGAACUCCAAGAGACAAACGUAGACCUUGCCAAUGCUAAGACCAGCUAUAAUGCUGUAAAGACUGAGCUGGACAUUAUCAAACUGCAGCAGGCAGAACAAAAGAAAGAACACGAGAAACAGCUUAGCUCUGCAAAUGACAACCUCUUCACAGUGAAGUCAAAGUUGACGCAAACUGUGGAGGACAAAGAAGAGGUUGAGAAAGCUCUGACAAAGUCCAAACACACAGUAUUUAAGCUUGAGCAAGUAAUAGAAGAACUGGAAACUGACAUUGGCAUUCAACGACAAAAGAAUGCAGUACAGAAAAAAGAAAAUGACGAUCUGCUGCAACAGCUGAAGGGACUUUAUGACACGCUCGGCCGCACUGUGCAAGUCGAGAAAAAAGCCUCCCAGAGCAGCAAAGAAAGGAUGGGGAUGAACAAAUAG